GCUGGACAGUAGAUAAAAACCCGAUUCUUUAGCUCUCCAAGCCGUGUUUAAUGCUCCACCAUGGGCAAGAUGCUAUCCAAGAUUUUUGGCAACAAGGAGAUGCGGAUCCUGAUGCUUGGGUUGGAUGCAGCCGGUAAGACCACCAUCCUCUACAAGCUGAAGUUGGGCCAGUCGGUCACCACCAUCCCCACCGUCGGGUUCAACGUGGAGACGGUGACUUACAAAAACGUCAAGUUCAACGUGUGGGACGUAGGGGGCCAGGACAAGAUCCGGCCUCUGUGGCGGCACUAUUACACGGGCACGCAGGGGCUCAUCUUCGUGGUGGACUGCGCCGACCGGGAUCGCAUCGACGAGGCCAGACAGGAGCUUCACCGUAUUAUCAACGACCGGGAAAUGAGGGACGCCAUCAUCCUAAUAUUUGCCAAUAAACAAGACCUUCCGGAUGCCAUGAAGCCCCAUGAGAUUCAGGAAAAACUGGGCCUAACCCGAAUCAGGGAUAGGAAUUGGUAUGUUCAGCCUUCCUGUGCGACCAGCGGGGACGGGCUCUACGAAGGACUCACGUGGCUAACCUCCAACCACAAAUCUUAAUGACUAUUAGAAGAUUUAAAAACACAGUUAUACGAUGUUGCUUCUCCGAAGAGGGAUACAUUGGAAGAAAAGUAACGUCGGAGGAUUAUGCUGAUCUAACUGAUCGUCCUGAUAAAUUACAAAGUAUGGGCUGGAAUAUGUUAUAUAAA